AUGGCUCCAUCAACGGCAGCCGCCAACGGCGCUGCCGCCAACGGCGACAUCAACCGUGAGCCCAUCAACGUCAUUAUUCCCAUCGGCGGCAUUGGCUCUCGCUUCGCAAAGGAGGGUUACCGCUACCCGAAGCCGCUGAUCAACAUUGUCGGCCGGCCUAUGCUGCUGUGGCUUAUUGACAACCUGAGCCUUAAGCCUGGCGACACCCUGUGGAUGGCCAUCAACGAGGAGGUCGACGACGAGUUCAGAAUCGGUCAGCUCGUGAGCAAGACCUUCUCCAAGAUCGACUUCAGACUGCUGCGCUUGCGUCACCAGACCAAGGGCGCUAGUGAGACGCUCUUCAUCGUGACCCAGAGUAUGACCAAGAAGCACCUCGAGCGCAGGACCGUCUCCCUCGACUGCGACACCAUUUACUGGGCCGACAUCCUUGAGGACAUCCGUAACAUGCCCAAGGGACAUGGCGGCUGCUUCUACUUCCCCGACCUUGGUGACAAGCCCAUUUUCUCUUACAUUAAGACGGAACCCACCAAGGACGGCUUGGAGCGCAUCAUCGAUAUUCAGGAGAAGAAGGCCAUUUCCAAUAAGGCGAAUACGGGCGCGUAUGUCUUCCCGUCUGCUGCCCAGCUCAAGUCGUGGGCUGCCGAGAACCUUGACAUGAAGAGGCCCGACGGCUCCGAAGUGGGCGAGUACUACACCUCGCAGAUGAUCGCCCUCAUGAUCCAGAACGGCGUUCCCUACCUGGGCAUGCCCGUCAGCACCAAGGACUUCAGCGUUGUCGGCACGCCCGAGCAGCUCAAGGACCUCCUGAAGCUGCUCAAGACCGACACCUCCAACCUCCCCAUCAAGCUGAAGAAGCGUCGUUUCUGCUUCGACCUCGACAUGACCCUGGUCGGUGUGCCUGCCGUGGCCGGAGACUAUUCCACCUGCCCUCCGAUUGAGAAGAACAUUCGCCUCGUGCAGCAGCUGUAUAACGCGGGCCACUACAUAAUCAUUCAAACGGCGCGUCGCAUGCGGACACAUCACGGAAAUCUGGGCUCGGUCCUCGCGGAUGUCGGCCCGGUUACCUUUGCCCAAUUGGCCAAGUACGAGAUUCCCUACCACGAUAUUCAUUUCGGCAAGCCUUACGCCGAUGUCUACGUCGAUGACCUGGCGGUCAAUGCCAACUUGGAUACUAUGCGGGAGAUCGGUUGGCUUCUGGACGAGCAGGACCCAGCUGCGCUGAUCGGGCAAGAUGCGGGCACUGCAGAGGAUGCAAAGAAGGCCGGCAUGAUCGCCGCUCGCGAUUUCAACACCAUCCAGAUCAUUGGUGAUAAGGUGAUCAAGUCAAGCAAGUCGGAGAACAUCCUCGGCGAGCUCUUCUUCUACUCCCAUAUGCCCGCCGAAAUCGCACACAUCUUUCCGACUGUGUACAACGUCGACUACAUCCCCGACACCACCACCUACAACAUCACCAUGGAAAACCGCCGUGGCUUGACCUUCUCUCACCUUCUAGUCGGACGCUCAAUUACCAAGGGCCGCCUCAUCUCCUUGCUGAAGGCUCUCCACUCUGUCCACACCACAGCCAGCACCGACAAGGCCACUCUCAACAUUCCCAGUGCUCUGGAAAAGAAGUUUGAAGAGCACUCCCUUGCGCGGGCGAACAACCGCGUCAAUAUUUACGCAAACUACGGCUCGAAGCUGCGUAGCCGGUACUACCAGAACCAGAAGAAGUACGAUGCACUUGGUCCCCUGGCCGCGUCUCUUUUCGCCCGGAUUAACGAGUUCCUCGAUACCUACGAGGCCGAGGAGAAAGGUGUUCACGCGCAAGUCAUCCACGGUGACCCCGUCUUCAGCAAUGCCAUCCUAUCCAAGGACGAGAAGCUCGUCAGCUUCAUCGAUGUGCGCUGCCAGCUUGAGAACACCUUGACCCCCGAGGGCGACAUCCACUACGAUCUCGGCAAGGUUUUGCAAUCCCUUUGCGGCUACGACCACAUCCUCUUUAUGAGCGCCAACAACCACGACCUGCGCGGCGCUCUCGACAGCGACCAGCCCCUUCUUGACGAGGCCGACUCGGACCUCCUCUCGAGUCUACAAGAGCACUUUUUCACCUUCCUCGAAGAGACGUACUCCGUACGCCUGCACCGCAAGACCCUCUUCCGCAUCACCGCCUCUCUCUUCUUCAGCCUCAUUCCCCUGCACCGACCGGAGCUGGGCGCCGUCUUCCUGCGCAUGUGCAAGGAGACUCUUGACAAGGCGAGCAACAUCAACUACGGCCCCGGCACGCGAUCCACGGCAGGCGCCACGCUUAGCCGGCGGGCCAGCUCCAACUUUGGCGGAGAGGAGAAGGCCCGUGAGAUGCCCAUCGUUUCUGGCAAGGGAGAGAAUCUCUCCAUUCCCAAUGUCGUCGUCACGGCGAAAUAG